UUUUUUUUCCUGCCUAAUGAAAUUAAAAGUAAAACAACAAUCAGUUGGCAGGCAGUGAGUGAGCAGAGUCGCUCCGAACGAACAUCUCGUCCGACCGACGCGACUUCCCAAAGCGAAGCAGAAAACCUCCCGGCUGACUGGCAGCGCCUCCUCCGCUCACAUAAGACGUGCCUCCGGCGGGAGUUGUCUAUGUCCCCGCUGCGUCACCGGCUUUAUUCGCUUUGGGACUACUUUUUUGAGGGGUGGCUUUUGAACGCUCCCAAGCGGGAGAAGAUGUCCGCGUGUGACGCCGGGGAAGUGUGCCUUGUUCGUCGGAGGCCAGCGGCGGCUCUCUUAGCUCCCCCGAGCUAACGCGCUAGCGUUACAGGUGUCUUCUCGGCGGUGAAUAACCGAGCACCUUUCUAUUUUUGCUCGGUAUUUUGCUUCCUCAACCCCAAUGACCGGACUUUAUUCAACUUAAGGUGCCUGUAAUAGUUUUUUUUAGCAGCGCUGCUGACGCGUAGCCAGCUUGUUGUUAGCUGUUAGCUCCUAAAUAAGACGCCGUGCUGUGUUUACACCGAACGGUGGCUUAGCUUCUCGUUAGCUAUACCAAGGCUAACGACCCCGGAGCUACAUGUGCUUCAUCCCGAAUGUAGCUCGCUUUUCACCGCCUUAAAUUAAGCCGUCUCCGCCCGCGGACUCGCUCAGCCUGGUUCGUAUCUAGGUGCACACUGUAAGCCAGUACGGAGGGACGGACGGACUCUUUAGCCGUGCCCGCCGCCCUGGACUGACCCACCCACCCACAAAAGGGGGCUAACUAUCCGCCGGGGCCGAUGCUGACAGUUCGGGCCGGAGCACGGCAACGCCAGGAGCCGCCAGCGCAACAGCCGCGAUGCAGCCCCAGCAGAUCUACGACUUUUCCAGUGACGAAAACAGUCACAAGUGGAGAGGCCUCUUCGUGCAAGCCCUGCGCAAGGUGCAGAAGCAGGUCCACCCCAACCUCCAGGCCAAGGAGGACGCCCUGCAGCACAUUGAGGAGCUGAUCCUACAGUUGCUCAACAUGCUGUGCGUGGCGCAGCCUCGUUCUGUUCAGGACGUGGAGGAGCGAGUCCAGAAGACCUUCCCACACCCGAUAGACAAGUGGGCCAUCGCCGAUGCACAGUCAGCUAUCGAGAAGCGCAAGAGGAGGAAUCCCCUACUUCUCCCAGUGGACAAGAUACACCCGCUGCUUAAGGAGGUCCUGGGCUACAGAGUGGACUACCACGUAUCGCUAUACAUCGUGGCCGUCCUCGAGUAUAUAUCGGCGGACAUUUUGAAGCUGGCGGGCAACUAUGUGGGCAACAUUCGGCAUUACGAGAUCAGCCAGCAGGACAUCAAAGUAUCCAUGUGUGCCGACAAGGUGCUGAUGGACAUGUUUGACCAGGAAGACGACAUCGGCCUGAUUUCGCAGUGCGCCGACGAGCCCUCCACUUCGGGAGAGCUAACGUACGACGACCUGGUGCGGCUGGAGAUCGCCGAGGAGCGGCAGUACCUACGCGAGCUAGACCUCAUCAUCAAAGUGUUCCGUCACCACUUCCUGUCCAACCCCAAGAUUUUCACACCGCGGGACGUAGAAGCCAUCUUCAGCAACAUCCUGGACAUCCACGAGUUGACGGUGAAGCUACUGGGUCUCAUCGAGGACGCCGUUGAGAUGACUGCGGACGGCAGCCCUCACCCGCUGGUGGGCAGUUGCUUCGAAGACCUAGCCGAGGAGCAAGCGUUCGAUCCAUACGAGACGCUCUCCCAGGACAUUCUCAGCAAAGACUUCCACGAACAUUUCAACAACCUGAUGGCCAGGCCGACCGCGGGCCUUUACUUCCAGUCUGUAGCAGAAGGCUUCAAAGAGGCCGUCCAGUACGUCCUUCCACAGCUCAUGAUGGUGCCUGUGUAUCACUGCAUGCAUUACUUUGAGCUCUUGCAGCAACUUCAGGAGCGUAGUCAAGACCAAGAUGACAGGGAGUGUCUGAAACAGGCCAUCACGGCGCUGCUCAAUCUCCAGUGCAGCGUGGAGCGCAUCUAUGCCAAACAGCAGCCUCGGCGGAAACCUGGCGAGCCCAUGUACCGCCUGUAUAGCCGGCAGAUUCGUAGCAAACAACUGGCCAUCAAGCGCAUGAAUGAGAUCCAGAAGAGCAUCGACGGCUGGGAGGGCAAGGACAUCGGCCAAUGUUGCAGCGAGUUCAUCCUAGAGGGCCCGCUGCUGCGCGCCGGCGCCAAGCACGAACGCCACAACUUCCUGUUCGACGGCCUCAUAAUCAGCUGCAAGGCCAACCAGAGCUCGCGGCUGCCCGGCUCGGGAAGCGGCGCCGAGUACCGCCUGAAAGAGAAAUUUGUGUUGCGCAAGGUGCGCAUCAUAGACCGCGAGGACUCGCCGGAGCUGCGGCACGGCUUCGAGCUGAUGGCCAAGGACGAGAACUGUGCCGUCUUUUGCGCGCGCACUGCAGAGGAGAAGGCGGCGUGGAUGGCCGCGCUGGUGACACUGCAGUACCGCUCCACAUUGGACCGCAUGCUUGACACUGUGUUGCAGCACGAAGAGCAGGCGCACCCCUUGCGGCUGCCCUCACCGGAGUUGUACCGCUUCGCUGUGCACGACUCAGAGGAGAACAUAGUCUUUGAGGACAAAGUGCAGAGCAAAACCGGCAUCCCCAUCAUUAAGGCGGGCACUGUGGUCAAACUCAUAGAGAGGCUCACCUACCACAUGUAUGCCGAUCCUAACUUUGUGCGCACUUUCUUGACCACGUACCGAUCUUUCUGCAAACCUCAGGAGCUUCUUACGCUGCUGAUUGACAGGAUCGAAAUCCCAGAGCCGGAGCCCACGGAGGAGGAUCGGCAGGCCCUGUGGAACGGUGACCAGCCAAUGGCGGCUGAGCUCCAGAGAUUCCGGAAAGAGUACGUGCAGCCGGUCCAGCUCAGGGUACUUAACGUUUUCCGUCAGUGGGUGGAGCACCAUUUCUACGACUUUGAAAAUGACCCCGAGCUGAGGAGUCGCUUAGAGGAAUACAUCACCAGCAAAAUCCAGUUGCGAGGCAAGUCCAUGCGGAAGUGGGUGGAGUCCAUCAACAAGAUCAUCCGGCGCAAGCUGCAGACACAGAGUAACGGCGUGAGCCAUAACAUCACCUUCGAAAGCCCACCCCCUCCCAUCGAGUGGCACAUCUGCCGCGCCGGCCAGGUGGACUCCUUCGAUCUCAUGACCCUGCACCCAAUUGAGAUCGCCCGGCAGCUAACCCUGCUGGAGUCUGAGCUGUACAGAGCCGUACGGCCAUCUGAGCUGGUUGGCAGCGUGUGGACCAAAGAGGACAAAGAGAAGAACUCGCCCAACUUGCUCCGGAUGAUACGACACACCACCAACCUUACGCUGUGGUUUGAGAAGUGCAUUGUCGAGACCAAGAACCUGGAAGAGCGCGUGGCCGUGUGGAUGCGCGUCAUUGAGAUUCUGCAAGUGUUUCAGGAACUCAACAACUUCAACGGCGUGCUUGAGGUGGUCUGCGCCAUCAACUCAGUCCCAGUCUACCGCCUGGACCACACCUAUGAGGCCAUACCAGAGAGGAAGAAGAAAAUCCUGGAGGAGGCUGUGGAACUGAGUCAAGACCAUUUCAAGAAGUACUUAGCCAAACUCAAGUCCAUCAACCCGCCCUGUGUGCCUUUCUUCGGUAUCUACCUGACCAACAUCCUCAAGACAGAGGAGGGCAACCCAGACUUUCUGAAACGCCACGGCAAGGAGUUGAUCAACUUCAGCAAGCGGAGAAAAGUCGCCGAAAUCACCGGCGAAAUCCAACAGUACCAGAACCAGCCCUACUGCCUUAAAGUGGAGCACGACAUUCGGAGGUUUUUUGAAAACUUGAACCCGAUGGGAACCCAGAGUGAGAAGGAGUUUUCGGAUUACUUGUUCAACAUGUCCAUGGAGAUCGAGCCCAGGAAUUGCAGACAAGCGCCUCGUUUUCCCAGGAAGACGACAUACACGCUGAAAUCACCUGGGGUUCGCCCCGUGCGAACGUCUACCUCGGGCACUCUGAAGGGCCACCCGGUGCCUCUGGAGAGGGAGCCGGCACAUAAGAUCACCUUCCGCAGCAUCGCCGAGACCGACGCGGAGACGCCGGCGUCCGCCUCGGUCCCUACGUCCCCCAACACACCCACGCCUCCGCAGUCGGCCUCCUCGGACCUGGGUUCGGUCUUCGCCGAGCACGACCUCAGCAGCUCAUAUGGCGGAUCCAACUCCAUCUUUGCGCCGGUUCUUCUGCCGCCUUCAAAAUUCCAAUCAGUUUCCUGCGGUAGCCUCCACCAAUUGGGAGAGGAGUUCCUCAAACCGCCGCCGCUUCCACCUCGGAGGAAGGACACUGUGUCGGAAACCAAACAGGGCUGCCACUCGGACAGCCCCCCCGCCAUCCCGCCACGACUGCCGCAGCCGCGGACGCCGGGCUACAACGGCCCCCUGACGGACGGGCCCCUGCCCAGCCCUCCGCCGCCCCCUCCCAGGGACCCCCUCCCUGACACGCCGCCUCCCGUGCCCCAACGGCCCCCGGAGAUCUUCAUCAACUAUCCGCUCAGCCUGCAGCCCUCGCCGGUGGGGCGCUACCACUGGGACUUUGCCAGCUCGCCCACUUCGCCCAACACGCCGCCCGGCACGCCGUCCCCGCGCGUCCCCCGCCGGGGCUGCCCGCUUAGCGCCAGCCAGAACAGCCUGUGCCCACCGCCGGCUCCGCCCGUGCCCCCUCGACACAAUCCGGGCCCGCAGUUGCCCAAGCUGCCGCCAAAGACGUACAAGCGCGAGCUGCCGCACGUUCUCUCCUUAGUGGAAAACAGUGACCCGUAGCUCCGCCGAGCCAAUGAGAAGCCUGCCGAGUCGGAGCGCUGCUCCUAUCUCCGGCCUUCCCGUUCGGGGUCAGCGCGUCGCUUUCUCCAAACGCGCACGGUAGCCCCAUCCCAGACUCGGAAUUGAAUGUUUGUAUGUCUAAAAGUGCCCCGCGAUCGGCCGGCGACCGCUCCGGGGCGUACCGUGCCUCUCGCCCGCCGUCGGCCGGGACGGGCUCCCGAGGACGAGCGCGUCGCCGAUCGGAUUGUUUGGCGGGCUCGCUCGCUUCAAGUCUUCUCUUUAGCAGGUAAAAAAAAAUGCAUUUUCUCUAAAGUUCAAGCCUGGGGAUCCGCUCGGUGAGUCGCGUCUAGCCCCUCCUUGAACUCCUUUGUCGUUCAGGGUCUUUGGUUGACUUCAGACCUCGGAUAGCGCGUCUGCCUUACACUCGUGAGGUCGCGGGUCCGCGUUUCCGACAAGGUCGUCGGCCGGCAGUUGACCCUCAAUCGAGACUGACGGACGGUCGUUCGUCUAGCGUGUGCGCGCCCCGCCAUCGUCUGCUCAAAAACCGUCGAGAGGCGCUCCAGAAAAUAGACUGCUCCCGUUUUGGAAAGUUCUCACUGUUGUAGCUUCAACUGUUACGUUUCGUCCUCACCCGACAGCUGCCAAAGUAUUCUUCGGUAUUUUAUGCAGGGGGAUAAGGGAUAAGAUUUUUCUCCUUUUACUUUGAAAAGGCGACAGCGAUUCCGCCGCCCCUCAACUCGACACUGUGACUGUUUCCAAGCCACACAAAAAGUUGCCUUCCCCCCCACCCGGCUCGGGUUUUUUUUUGUUCUUGCACAUCAAACUCCGGCGAUGUUCCGUUCCCGUCGAGCCGCGAUGUCAAAACGGCAGCGGGAGGAAGCUGGAACGCCACGUCUUAAACUCAACGGUGCCGCAAACUGUCUACUCCCGCCCCACUCGGACUCAGUCAGCCAAUGGCGCCACUCAGAUGUGCCUUUUUCUUUUGUUUUUCUACUUUACAGUCUCUAAUAAUAUGCUUAAAAAAACAAAACAAAAAAAAAACAAGUUGCCUAUGUAACAUUUAGAACAAAAAGCUAUACGACUAUGAACUUGUACAUGUUUGUGGAUAGUCUGCGUGUGUGCGUGCGUGCGUUUGUAUGUGUGUGUAUAUAUACAUGUAUAUGUACUGUAUAUCUACAUAUAUAUGUGUAUGUAUUCAGACACACACUUAAACAUGUAUACAAUGACUAAAUUUGUAUAAAGUGACAUUUCUGGUUGUACUCUCAUCCGCAGCUGUCCACUCCAAUAAUGCCUAACAACAAUAACACUGGGGGAGACCAUUUUUAUUGUGGCCGUGUAGUUCCGACAGCUGUUUUUAACACAUAUUUGGGUUCAGAAUCUAUAUGUUAUGUCUGUUUUUAACUCUCUUUUGGGCAAGCGACUAUUUUUGGUAUUAAAAAAUAUACCAUAAAAACCUGUCACCCACAUAUAUGGACAUCAAACUUUGGGUAAUGUAGGCUACAAUGUUUAGGUUAAGUAUACUUGUGCGGACUACGAGACCCAAAGUGGGAUGUCCACUUAAAGUGGUAUGAAAAGAUUUGACCACGUAGAAAUCAUUGGGCGUUUAGAACUGCAACUUUGCAUUGAUAUAUAAAAAAAAAAAAAAGUUUUGGACUAACAGAAGAUGUGCCGUAUGCAGUGUUGUCACAUAUUACUUGGAAAAGUAAUUUAAUUACUGAUUACGCCUCAAAAAUAAUCUGGUUACUUUACUGAUUACUUUAUUAUCAAGUAAUUUAUCAGUUCCUUUUUUACUCAUUUUUCUGUCUUUGCUUCCUCAACAUAAGAAUGACAAAAGAAAAAUGUCAUCACAUGUUAUUGACGUUCCGAUAAUUGAAUUUAAAGGGAUAGAUCAGAAUUUUUCACAUAAGGAAUUUGUUGAAACCAACUAAUUAAACCCCCGCUAACUCGAAGAUUAAGCCUGUCAAAAAUUAUGAACUUCUGGUUAGGGUUAACAGCAUCUCAGUGCCAAUGUAAAAACAAUGCAAAUUGACUGCACAAUAAUAAACAACACACAAAUGAAUUGUGCAAUCAACAGUGCAAUAAACACAAAGGUGAGGGCAGGCGCGAAUCCGUGCGCACUACCCGGAAGUAUGCCGUACACGCGCGCGGUCAUUUGGCCACAAAACGUUGCGGCAACUAAGCACUUUACACCCACUCGGACUUACAACACAUCACCUCACGGCAUGAUUGCAAUUACAAAUGCUUUGGUAGUAAUAUCUUAAUUUAUUUUGCUUGCAAUGAAAAAACAUAAUGGGGGGAAAAAAAUCAUGAUCAUUUUAAACAAAACUCCAAAAAUGGGCCGGACAAAAGUAUUGGCACCCUUUGAAAAAUCAUGUGAUGCAUCUCCAAUUUGUGUAAUUAACAGCACCUGUUACUUACCUGUGACACAUAACAGGUGGUGGCAACAACGCAAUCACACGUGCAGCCAGUUAAAAUGGAUUAAAGUUGACUCAACCUCUGUCCCUUGUCCUUGUCCUUGCCCUUGAGCAUGGACAAAAGAAAGAAGACCAAAGAACUGUCUGAGGACUUGAGAAGCAAAAUUGUGAGGAAGCAUGGGCAAUCUCAAGGCCACGAGUCCAUCUCCAAAGACUCCUGUGUCUACUGUGCACAGUGUCACCAAUAAGUGUAAAGCCCAUGGCACUGUGGCUAACCUCCCUAGAUGUGGACGGAAAAGAAAAAUUGACGAGAGAUUUCAACGAAAGAUUUUGCAGCUGGUAGAUAAAGAACCUCAACUAACAUCCAAACAAGUUGAAGCCCCGAUCUGGGGCUCCAAGCAAGAUCUCACCUCCUGUCAAAAUGAUAACAAGAACGGUGAGCAAAAAUCCCAGAACCACACGGGAGGACCUAGUGAAUGGCCUACAGAGAGCUGGGACCACAGUAAAAAAGGCUACUAUCAGUAACACAUUGCGCCGCCAGGGACUCAAAUCCUGCACUGCCAGACGUGUCCCCUGGCUGAAGCCAGUACACAUCCAGGCCCGUCUGCGGUACGCUAGAGAGCAUUUGGAUGAUCCAGAGGAGGACUGGAAGAAUGUGUUAUGGUCAGAUAAAACUAAAAUAGAACUUUUUGGUAGAAACACAGGUUCUUGUGUUUGGAGGAGAAAGAAGACUGAAUUGCAUCCGAAGAACACCAUACCCACUGUGAAGCAUGAGGGUGGAAACAUCAUGCUUUGGGGCUGUUUUUCUGCAAAGGGACCAGGACGACUAAUCUGGGUAAAGGAAAGAAUGAAUGGGGCCAUGUAUCAAGAGAUUCUGAGUGAUUCUGGGCUGGGUCUUUCAGCAUGACAAUGAUCCCAAACACACAGCCAGGGCACCAAAGGAGUGGCUUCGUAAGAAGCAUUUCAAGGUCCUGGAGUGGCCUAGCCAGCCUCCAGAUCUCAACCCCAUAGAAAUUCUGUGGAGGGAUUUGAAAGUCCGUGUUGCCCAACGACAGCCCCAAAACAUCACUGCUCUAGAGGAGAUCUGCAUGGAGGAAUGGGCCAAAAUACCAGCAACAGUGUGUGAAAAGCUUGUGAAGAGUUACAGAAAACGUUUGGCCUCCGUUUGGCCUCCGUUAAUGCCAACAAAGGGUACAUAACAAAGUAUUGAGAUGAACUUUUGGUAUUGACCAAAUACUUCUUUUCCACCAUGAUUUGCAAAUAAAUUCUUUAAGAAUCAAACAAUGUGAUUUUCUGUUUUUUUUUCCACAUUCUGUCUCUCAUGGUUGAGGUUUACCCAUGUUGACAAUUACAGGCCUCUCUAAUAUUUUCAAAUGGGAUAAAUUGCACAAUUCGUGGUUGACCAAAUUCUUAUUUACCCCACUGUAUAUAAUAAAAAUGAAAAUUGGGGCAAAGGGGUUAAACCUCAGUUACUGAGGGAGACUUCUCUCUAAGCAGCUUCCUACUCGAGUUUUGCAGGUUAGAAAAUUCAUACAGUUGAAUGUUAUGCUAUCGCUGAUGCAGGUCGUAAUUUCAGUAGCAAAAUUAGUUGCGUGUUCCCCACCUCCACAACAUUGAUGUCUUUUUACAUUACGUACAGUGGUUGCUGCUGCUGUUGGCCGAAAUAAAAUUCUAAUAUCCGUAGUCUUCGAAGAGGGUGGCAUGUUGUUGACAUGUUGUAUUUCUGUCUGGGCUGCGAGUGUGUUUGUGUUGGUGUCAUAUCAUCAGCCAAUCAAACUUGUUUUUGAGGGGAAAAAAUGGACUGGCACAUUCAAGUUAAAAAGGGGUAAAUGUCAGCCUGAACAAAGUAAUUCACUUCAUCAUGGUAGAGUAAAUUCUAUCCAUACCAUCCAACAUAUGGAAAGACGUUCUAAAUUACCUAUAUACAGUAGGAGUGGGAACCUUGGUACGUCACGAUACGAUAUGAUUUGUGAUACAAAGCUCACGAUAACGAUGACGUGACUGUAUGGCGAUACAACGAUUAUCGAUACAUUGGUCAGGAAAUCAUUCUAGGAUAUUCUACAAAAAACUAAUAAACAGAAAAACAAGCUUCUGCUCUGAAUUGGAAUGAGUUUAUCACUAGUAGACGUCCAAUCCAUUUGAACUGGGAGGGUGGCAGCGAAUGAACGUUCGUUCAUUCGCUGCCAUCCCUCCCACUUCAAACGGAUUGGACUUCUAUGACCGUCAGUGGUAGUCAAUGCCAGUCAAUGAGGUAAUUUUGGGCCAUUUAAGGUCAUUUACCUGUUGAUUUUCAGUUACCUCCUGUUGAUUUGGGGUUAUUUUAUGGGUCACUUCCUGUUUACUUUGGGUUACAGAACAAGAAGUGUCCUGGGAAUCACCCAAAUGAAUAGGCAGUGACUCAAACUCAACAGGAAAUGACCUGUAAAUGAACAAGUGACCUGUAAAUGCCCCGAAAAUCGGACAAUGACUGCGAAUGCUCUGGUUUCGGGUCUAAAUCGAUUGGGCGUCUGUCAAUGGCAGCCUUAGAGUUAACUGAGACACUAUUAUGGUGGAAGAAUUUGGUAGCAACUUGUUGGUUCCUUUUUUUUUUCCAAAAACAUUGAACCUUUUUAAAACAAUCUCGAUUUUUGGCAGGAGCAUAUCGAUAACCUUUGGGGAUACAAAGUAUCACCAAAUAUCACCAUUUCGAUAUUUUGUCACACCCCUAAUAUAGACUGUAUCACAAAAGUGAGUACACUCCUAGCAUUUCUGCAGAUAUUUAUAUCUUUUCAUGGGCCCUACUGACAAAAUGACACUUUUUAUACAAUGAUAAGUAGUCUGUGGGUAGCUUAUAUAAUUAUUUUCCCCUCAAAAUAACUCAAAACAUAGCCAUUAAUAUCUAAAACAUCAACAAAAGUGAGUACACCCCUUUGAAAAAAAAACGUACAUCCCUAAAUGUCCAAAUUGAGUACUGCUUGUCAUUUUCCCUCCAAAAUGUCAU